AUGUCCCCAAUCAAAAGCGUGGCUGUCAUUGGCACGGGGCCUGCCGGCGCCAUUGCCGUGGACGCCCUGAUGCAGGAGAAAGCAUUUGACAGGGUCCGUGUGUUCGAGAGACAAGAGAAAGCUGGUGGGUGCUGGGUAUCGCGAAACGAGAAACAGGUGCCCUUGGAUGUCGAUAAGCUUUCCACAAGGACGGCGGAUGCUCCUAUCCCUAUUCCGUCCGAAUUGCCUGCAUCCACACCAGCAUUGGCCCAGCAUCGCUUUACUGACUCCCAUAUCUACCCGAACUUGCACACCAAUGUGGAUGCCUCGACCAUGGAGUACUCGCAGGAGUCGAUCCCGGCUAUCCGGUCGGAGAUGUCAAUUGCGUUGCAUGGACCUGACACCCCUUUCCGCCAUCACACAGUGAUCCGCCAGUACAUUGAGGAUCUCCUGAACCGCAAUGGCUAUCAAGAUCUUGUAGAAUACAACACGACCGUGGAACGUGCGGUCAAAAACCCCAAGACCGGUAAAUGGGAACUGAUAUUGCGCCGGGCCGGCAAGCCUGGUGGGUAUGAUUACUGGUGGAGUGAGAGUUUUGAUGCACUGGUGGUUGCCUCGGGGCACUACUCUGUGCCUUUUAUCCCCUCUAUCCCCGGCCUGAAAGAAUGGAUCGGCAAAUACCCAGAGAAUGUGUUGCACACGAAGCAGUAUCGCGGUCCCGAACGCUAUCGCGGAAAGAAAGUCAUCACCGUUGGAGCUUCGGUGUCUGCCGCAGAUACCGCGGUCAGUCUGAUCGGCUCUGCGCAAUCCCCCAUCCACGCUGUGGUUCGCGGUCGGUAUAACCCUUACUUUGGGGAUUGGGCUUUCAGACACCCUUCUAUCAGUCGUAAACCGCCAAUUUCGCGCGUUGAAAGUGGAAAUGGUCAGCGGACGGUGUACUUUGAAGAUGGAACCUCGGUCUCGGAUGUGGACUAUAUCAUCUUCGGAACGGGCUUCACCUGGGCAUUGCCAUACCUGCCGGAUAUCCCGACUAGAAAUAACCGUGUUCCGGAUCUGUACUUGCACAUCUUCCAUCAAAGCGAUCCAACCCUUGCCUUUUUAGGAGCGGUUGGCGCUGGAUUGACUUUCAAGAUUUUCGAAUGGCAGGCCGUGGCUGCCGCGCGAGUCCUGGCUGGCAAGGCCCAAUUGCCACCCUUGGAGGAACAGCAGAAAUGGGAACAAGAUCGGAUCGCAAAGAAGGGUGAUGGACCCGCGUUCAGCACCAUCAACCCGGACUUCCGGGAGUAUUUCGAGACUCUUCGUCAAUUGGCGGGCGAGCCCAAGGCAGGCGAGCCGGGGCGUGUCCUGCCUCCGUUUGAACAGGAGUGGCUAGAUGUGUUCAAUGCUGGACAUGAGCGCCGGAUUCGGAUGUGGCAGAAGGCCAAUGAAGCGGCGGCGAAGAGUAAACUCACUCGAUUCCAAGCAGCCAGCUCACACAGAAUGCUCAUCUCUGGAUCAUCAGCGGCCUUCUGUGCAUUGGCUUUGCCUUUUGCGGCGGCCAAGUCGUUAUGGUCUGAUUCCCCAGGAAAUUAUAGUAGCUUCAUAACCACUGCAUUUCCUCUAGGAAAUGGACGAUUGGGGGCCAUGCCUAUAGGUUCCUACGACAAGGAAAUUGUCAAUCUCAAUGUCGACUCGUUAUGGCGUGGAGGGCCUUUUGAAAGUCCGACAUACUCAGGAGGAAAUCCAAAUGUUUCAAAGGCGGGUGCACUUCCUGGUAUCAGGGAAUGGAUAUUCCAAAAUGGAACAGGCAACGUCUCUGCGCUGCUGGGCGAGUAUCCGUACUACGGAUCGUACCAGGUGUUGGCAAAUCUGACCAUCGACAUGGGCGAAUUGAGCGAUAUUAACGAAUACCGUCGGAACUUGGACUUGGAUUCGGCUCUUUACUCGGACCAUUUCAGCACCGGCGAGACCUAUAUCGAAAGGGAGGCAUUCUGCUCCUAUCCGGAUAAUGUCUGCGUCUACAGACUCAGCUCAAACUCAUCACUACCUGAGAUUACCUUUGGACUGGAGAACCAGCUUACGUCGCCUGCCCCGAAUGUCAGCUGCCACGGGAAUAGCAUCAGCCUUUAUGGCCAGACUUACCCUGUUAUCGGGAUGAUCUACAACGCCAGGGUGACGGUCGUCGUUCCCGGAUCAAGCAAUACGUCUGAUCUCUGCUCUUCGUCAACUGUCAAAGUGCCAGAGGGUGAAAAAGAGGUUUUCCUUGUAUUUGCUGCCGACACCAACUAUGAAGCCUCCAACGGGAAUUCCAAAGCCAGCUUUUCGUUCAAAGGGGAGAACCCGAACAUGAAAGUCCUCCAAACGGCGACCGAUGCUGCCAAAAAGUCCUACUCUGCACUCAAGUCAUCUCAUGUCAAGGAUUACCAAGGCGUUUUCAACAAAUUUGCCCUUACUCUUCCAGAUCCCAAUGGCUCAGCCGACCGUCCAACUACCGAGCUUCUGUCGUCCUACAGUCAGCCUGGAGACCCCUACGUGGAGAAUUUGCUCUUCGACUACGGUCGCUACCUGUUCAUAUCAUCAUCGCGACCAGGAUCCCUGCCGCCAAACUUGCAGGGUCUCUGGACGGAGUCGUAUUCUCCUGCUUGGAGCGGUGACUACCAUGCCAAUAUUAACCUACAGAUGAACCACUGGGCCGUUGACCAAACAGGACUAGGGGAGCUGACUGAGCCCCUCUGGACAUACAUGGCUGAGACAUGGAUGCCUCGAGGCGCGGAGACAGCAGAGUUGCUGUAUGGCACCUCGGAAGGUUGGGUGACGCAUGACGAGAUGAACACAUUUGGACACACAGCCAUGAAAGAUGUCGCACAAUGGGCCGACUACCCUGCUACAAAUGCAUGGAUGUCACAUCAUGUAUGGGACCACUUCGACUAUUCUCAGGACAGUGCCUGGUAUCGCGAAACAGGCUACCCCAUUCUCAAAGGAGCAGCCCAAUUCUGGCUCUCUCAGCUUGUGAAAGAUGAGUACUUCAAGGACGGCACCCUAGUUGUAAACCCCUGCAACUCACCCGAGCAUGGGCCUACAACCUUCGGCUGCACCCACUACCAACAACUAAUCUGGGAACUGUUCGACCACGUCCUCCAAGGCUGGACCGCCUCCGGCGACGACGACACCUCCUUUAAGAACGCCAUCACCUCCAAAUUCUCCACCUUAGACCCAGGCAUCCACAUCGGCUCAUGGGGCCAAAUUCAAGAAUGGAAGCUCGACAUCGACGUCAAAAACGACACCCACCGGCACCUCUCCAACCUCUACGGCUGGUACCCAGGCUACAUCAUCUCCUCCGUGCACGGCUCCAAUAAAACCAUCACCGACGCCGUCGAAACAACCCUCUAUUCCCGCGGCACCGGCGUCGAAGACUCCAACACCGGCUGGGCCAAGGUAUGGCGUAGUGCCUGCUGGGCGCUCCUCAAUGUCACAGACGAAGCAUACUCCGAGCUCUCGCUUGCAAUUCAGGAUAACUUUGCCGAAAACGGAUUCGAUAUGUACUCCGGAUCACCUCCAUUUCAGAUCGAUGCUAAUUUCGGGCUUGUGGGAGCGAUGGUUCAGAUGCUUAUCAGGGACUCGGACCGUUCUAGUGCGGAUGCGAGUGCUGGGAAAACGCAGGAUGUGCUUCUUGGGCCGGCGAUUCCCGCGGCGUGGGGAGGUGGGAGUGUUGAUGGACUGAGACUAAGGGGUGGUGGUGUCGUGAGUUUCAGUUGGAAUGAUAGUGGAGUGGUUGAUUCCUGCAAGGCGGAUCUUUCUGCGAGAGGCAGUGAUGUCUCGCAAGUGAAAUUCUAUGUUGCGGGUGGUAAGGCGAUUAAUUGUUCGUCAUGA